GUUCCCAUCUCGUCCACCCCGCGACGGGAUUUGCGCACCCACAAAAACCAGACCAGGCAACCGCAGACAGGUUUCUGGUUUUUGCUGCACUGAUUAUUAAUGUCCCCAUCGAAACUCCCCCCUCCCCUUCCAAUCUCUCCACCUUUAUAUAAACCACCGCACACCGGAACCUAGAAUCUCAACCGACAUCUGCAGAUUUACCUUUUUCCAUUUCACUUUUUUGUUUUGGAUCUUUAUUGUUGGUAAUAUUAUUAUAAAGUUUAACAUGAAGAAUCGGAGUCCAUUUUCCGAGAGACCUGGGUUUCUCGCCGUGACUCUGGUUCUAUUGAUCGGCGCGGCGCUGGCCAUCUCCAGUUUCUGCCAGGGUGGCACCUCCGUCCUCUACUCCAUCGCCGGCCCAACAUUUCUACGCGCCGUUGACGAUAACUACUCGCCUGUGGCGAUCCAGAUCCAGGCCAUCCUCCACUACGCCACGUCGCGCCAGACCCCGCAGCAGUCGCGAAAAGAGAUCGGCGUGUCCUUCCAGGUCCUCAAGUCCCGCGCCCCCUGCAACUUCCUGGUGUUCGGCCUCGGCUUCGACUCCCUCAUGUGGGCCUCCCUGAAUCCACGCGGCACGACGCUGUUCCUGGAGGAGGAUCCCAAGUGGGUCCAAAGCGUCCUCAAGGACGCCCCCCAGCUGCGGGCCCAGACGGUGCGCUACCGCACGCAGCUCAAGGAGGCGGACAAACUACUUUCCUCGUACCGCUCCAAACGGUCGUGCUCCCCGUCCGAGGCGGUCCUGCGCGGAAAUACCGAGUGCAGGCUGGCACUGCACAACCUGCCGGACGAGGUGUACGACAAAGAGUGGGACCUGAUCAUGAUCGACGCGCCGCGCGGGUAUUUCCCGGAGGCGCCGGGGCGGAUGGCGGCUAUUUUCUCUGCAGCUGUCAUGGCGAGGAGGAGGCGGGGAUCCGGUGUGACACACGUAUUCCUGCACGAUGUGGAUCGGAAGGUGGAGAAGGCGUUCGCGAAUGAGUUCCUGUGCAGGAAGUUUUUGGUUAAGGCGGUGGGGAGGCUGUGGCACUUCGAGAUCCCCUCCGCCGCAAACGUGACGCACGGUGACGGCUCGCGUUUUUGCUAAAUCCCGCGGCGGUCGUAACCGCGAGCUUGGAUUGGUGGAGAAGCGUUACUCGAUACUACUCGCUGCUUUCUCUCUCUUUUUUUAUUGAGGAAUUAUUUUAAUUUUAUUUAAUUUAACUGUUUUUACAGUAUUUUUCUGUAUUUUUUUUAAUUAUUAUAGACCGAUUAUUUGAAAUUAGUUCUUCGUCAAGUUAAAAAAAAAAAAACCGUUGCACUUAGAAAAUUUCAAAAUCCCCCAUCCAUCUCCGCUGUUAGAUUUUAUUAAUAACAUGAAGUGCUUUUACAAUA